AUCACGAGAAGUCCCACGCCACAGCGCGCACUCGGUGCGUCUUUCAAGGCCACACGGUGCAGCAGCGCAAGGAUUCACGCGGGGUGGACUGGCAGGAGCCCACAGCAAACCCACAGUUGUGCGGAAAUGACACAGUACCGUCACGUCACGCGAGAGGGCACUGACUAGAAAAAAAAAAAAAGCAGCGGAGAGAAACACGGACAGCAGUUACCGUGGACAAAUCCACCAGAUUUAAAGACGCGACAAUGGCUGUUACCUCUUAACAUACUGCACACGGCUGCUCGGCGUCGCAAAGGACAUGAGCUCCUCUGUGUGCAUGGUUAAUGCAGAUGGACAAGUGCCUGAUAAAAUUAAAGUGGAGAAAGAUGCAGAUGUUACUGAAAACACAGAGGGAAAGAUGGAAAGCUUCUUUCAGCGUUUUACAAAACGGUCAGCCACACAUACAGGUCCUGAUGGUCUUACAACAGAGGUGGAACGCCCCAAUAACAGGAAGAGAGUCAAGGUGACAACACAGGCAGGAGAACAUCUCCUAGAUGGCAGUUCAGAAGAUGGAAGCAGAUCAUACUCUCACGGCCACAGAUUAUCUCCUCAGGAGCAAAUACCCAUCUCUUCAUACAGGAAACCACUCUACAGCAUCACACAUCGCAUUUCUGAGCGUAAAGCCGCAUGUAAUCUAGAACAGCAUGGAGUUCACAAUGAAGCCAUAGCAAGCCAUAAUGGUGUCCACUUCCAAAAACUGGGCAGUUCUGGAAAGCAUCACAUGUUUAAGGCCUCCCCCAGUGUGGGGGUCACAGGAUCUCCUACAGCUUUGGAUUCUCACCUCUACCCACUCAUUGAGAAGAUGUUCUUCCUCCUUAACACGCUGAAUUCCAGCAUGACUCAGCUGCAUAGUAAGGUGGAUUUGCUCUCGUUGGAAGUGACGCGCAUCAAAAAGCAGAUGAAGCCCUCUGAGAUGGUCAUGGAAUUCCAGCCUCCUCCUGAGUACCAGCUGACUGGUGAUGAGCUGACACAGUUGAUGGAGCAAACGUCCACUGCUGGUGAGCUGGGUUGCAGGCUGCUCGUGCAGCUGUUCCCAGAACUUUUCACAGCGAAGGAAUGCACACACGGCUGUACAGCCUGCGGCCUGACAACAAAACGAACAUUAGACUCAUUGCACCUCCAGCUAAUACGAAACUACGUGGAAGUCUGCUACCCACUGUUGAAAAAUGAAAAUGUCUGGCAGACAGAGUGCCUGCUGCAGAUCAAUGAUUUCUUUAAUCAUUUCUGGGCUCAGAAGGACAUGGAGAGCGGCCAGGUGUGUAGUAAACAGGUUAUUGGGUUUGACAUGGAACAGAAUCACAGUUCCCAUUUCAUCAGUGAAGAUGCCCAGGAUGAAAGUCUGUCCCCCAACUCUGGAGAGAACAGCAAUGAUAUUCAUCCCAACAAUGUCAACUCAGACAUAGUGUUUGACCACCAGGAGUCUGUUGAUGACUCUGAAGACUUAACCUCCCCAGAAGAUCUUGUCAUUUUCCUGUUAAAUAGACUCUUUCCAGAGGUGUUUGAGGAGGGCAAGUUGCCAGAGGGCCACAACAGCAUUGGAGAGUUGAUCAUUGACUCAGACAGACUAGAGAUUAUACGAAAAUACAUGGAGGCCAAUUUCCCUGAUGUCCCAGAGGACACUUGGCUGCAGUUGUGCGUACAGCGCAUGGAGGAAGCAUUGGAGAAUGCUUCGGCCAAUGGCAACGGUCGUGACAUUAACCGAGAUGACAACAUUCCCAUUGGUAAGAUCACUGACCUAUGUGAUUAUGAGAAAACAAAUCGCAAGUCUAAGAAGUCAUGGCUGGAGCCUGUGGAUUUCGACAACCUGGAGAUUCCUCCUCCAGACUUUGAUGUUCCUCAGGAUUAUUUACUUACGAAGGGACAGCUAAAGAACAACUACGAAUGCAGUUUAUCCAUCGGGAAUUUUGCCUCCCGUCUCCUGGUUCUCAUGUUCCCCGAGCUUUUCACUUUUGAGAAUGCACGAAAACACUACAACUGCAGUGGUUCUCUGGGAAAGAAACAGCUGGAUCCCAUAAGGGUCAAUCUCAUCCGACAUUAUGUCCAGCUGCUGUACCCACAGGCUAGGAAUGACCGUACCUGGACCCUUGAGUUUGUUGGAAAAUUGGAUGAGCGCUGUAGGCGACGGGAUACUGACCAACGCCGCUCAUACCAGCAACAACGUAAGUCCUAUUCACCUGACCAAGAUCCUGACCCGAAAGACUUGCUAACUGCUGGCCAAAUCAACGCUCUCACCUCAGAUCGUUUGAAAGAGGAUUUUGAAAUCCUACCUUUACCCCUGGAGAAAAGUAGCAAAGACUUCUGCAAGAUUCCUCUUGAGGACCUCUCGGUGUCCAUCCCAGAUUUCCCAGUGCCUUCUGACUACCUUCUCACAGAUGCUGAAGUGAGGGAGAUUGUCCAACAGAGUUUGUCUGUUGGGAAUUUUGCCGCCCGCCUUCUCGUCCGUCUCUUCCCGGAGCUUUUCACGCAGGAAAAUUUACGGCUGCAGUACAACCACUCGGGAGCCUGCAACAAGAAACAGCUGGACCCUGUGCGUCUUCGACUUAUUCGGCAUUAUGUGGAGGCCGUUUAUCCUGUUGACAAAAUGGAGGAGGUGUGGCACUACGAAUGUGUGCCCAGCAUUGAUGAGCGCUGCAGGCGCCCUAAUCGCAAGAAAUGUGACAUUCUUAAGAAGGCAAAGAGAUCAAAUAACACUGUGACUUAUUCCUAACAAUAUUUCCUGCAAAGUGCAGUCAUGUUUUCCUAUAUUUUACACAAUAUAGUUGUUAUUUGCACAAGUCCAUAAACUGAAGCAUAUUAAUGAAUCUUGUACUUGUUUGAGGUCCAGUUUGAAUCUUUAAGGCCUGAAACAAGAUGGGUAUGUAGGUGACAGAAAAGUUUGUGAUUGAAGCCACUAUCACCUGACAAUGAAAUAUUAGUAUUACUAUUUAUAUGCCAAAAUAUUAUUGUUGUAAUUAUAAUGUCUAAAAGAUAAGCUACAGUAGCCUUAAUCCUUAAUGUAAACAUUAAGAUAUUAAAAACAAUAGGUCACUUUAGUUUGUGGAGGAGGCAGAGAAAAUUGGUGUGUAUGUAUAUAUAUAUAUAUAUAUAUAUAUAUAUUUUUUAUAUUUGUUUUUAGUUGUAGCAUUGUUGGCAGCACUGGCUUUUGGAACUUAUGGAAGUAUGUCCUGCCUUACAGGAAGUCAAUCCUAAUCAUAUGUACUUAAUGAUAGCAACAGGUUACAUGUUAUAUAUAUUUUUAAAUAAAAACUCACUUCCUGGCAAUAAUGGGUGUCAUGUUGGGCUUUAUUUAUAUUUUGCUUCAAAUAAAAAAGUGAGUGUCAGGGGAGUUUUAAAUGGAAAUGUCACCUGUGCGCAAGGGCGUAGAUUU